AUGGAUUGGAUGUUGCUGCUGAGCAUUAUCGUGCACACUUUGACAAAUGUGACGGGACUUAUUACCAAUGGUAUUCUUAUAUUUCUGGUGCUGAUGAAGACUCCGAGACGGCUCACGACAUACUCAAUGCUCAUUCUCAAUUUUGGCAUUUGCGACUUCUUGUCGUGCGCAUCCGCCUUUUUCGUGCAGCAAAGAAUCAUCCCCGGCGGCAACGCAUUGUACUUUUUUUCUCAUGGACCUUGUAAAUUCAUCGGAUCCUAUGCGUGCUAUAUUGGAUACAGCAUCAUGUUGCACUGCCUCUCACACUGGUUGUGGAGCUUGUUGUUCUCGUUCUCAUACCGUUACUAUAUAUUGGGGCACCACGCCCCGAAAACUAGUACCGUUGUAUUUCUUGUGACGUUCUGUUUCACUAACGACGAUGUGGAAGAAGUGAAAUUAUCACUUUCCAAGAAGUUUACCUACGAUAUGACAUCGGCAUGCGUGAAUGGCCAUUUGGACAUUCACAACUGGAAAGUAAUGAUAGCUGUUCUUCACAUGACAUUGCCAAUUACUCCGGUCUACAUUGCAAUCCUCAUUCUUAGAAGAUUGACCAUAGCAAAGUUACGUACAGAAAGGGUAAUGUCAGAGAAUAGCAAACAUCUUCACGCGCAGCUUCUCAAGGCACUCACAAUCCAAGCAUGUCUGCCGAUAUUCUUCUUACUCGCGGUCAUCACAUACGUUGUCGGACAGCUUGGCAUUUAUAACCAUCCGCUUCUCGAAUAUUCGACCUUUGCUCUGUCCAGUUUUAUUCCAAUGUUGAGUCCUGUUACAUCUUUUUAUUUCGUACGCCCAUAUCGCGUGUGGUUGCGGGACAGAUUCUUUUGCGUACGUGAAAUAACUAGGUCACGAUCAAUCUCAAAAAUAACUGCAACGCAUACUAUUAGCUCAGAGACUAGCAGGGCAAACUUUUGA